AUGCAGGCCACUGUGGGGGGCCGCAGGUCCGACCUGGACGCCCGGAAGGAGGGGCUGCCCUGGAGACCUCCCUUCUUAGCUCAACCGCGCAUGGGCCUGGGGCUGCUCCCGUUCUUCCUCGCCUGUGCCGUCUACCUCCUCGUCCAGAGCUCCACGGACCAGCCGUCCAGGGUCAGCGCCCUGCUCAAGAGCCUGCCCGUCCUCUACCUGGCGGGGUUCCUGGGGACCGCGCACCCUGGCGGGGGCUACCGCUCACUCCUGCAGGGGGCCCUGCUGUGCUCGGCCGUAGGGGACGCCUGCCUCGUCUGGCCUGAGGCCUUUCUCCACGGCAUGGCUGCCUUCGGCCUGGCCCACCUGCUCUACCUCUGGGCCUUCGGCCUCACGCCCCUGAAGCCCGGCCUCCUGCUGCCCAUCCUCCUGGUCUGUGCCCCCUACUUCGGGUUCCUGCUUCCUCACUUUCCGCCCAGCCUGGUCUGGCCUUUGCUGGCUUACUCCACGGUCCUGCUCUCCAUGCCGUGGCGGGCCCUGGCCCGGGGUGGAAGUGCCCGCUGGGGUGCCCUGCUGUUCCUGCUGUCAGACGCCAUGCUGGCCUGGAACACCUUCUUCCACCAGCUGCCCCAUGGCCACCUGCUGGUCAUGACCACCUACUAUCUCGCCCAGAUGCUCAUCGCCGUGUCGGCCUUCCAGAGCCCCAGGCUCAAGUCCCACUGA